AUGGCUAUGGCGAGACAGCUCAUGGACGGCAAGACUGCCAAGAAGGUCAGACCGAGGAGAACAGUUGACUACGGCGGUCCCCUGGGACGAUGGGCAUUGCUACGGAAGUCGCGGCCCAACUCGACAUAUGUACCAUAUCUGAGGCCCGCACCUCCGUAUAUCAUUGAUUUGCUGCCACCAAAAGCUUACCCGGACAACCCUUCAACAUCACUCUGUACUAAGUUUGUGCACACGUCCACCAACAAGCUCAGAUGUCCGGUCAAUUGUGUUACGUGGACCCCUGAGGGCCGCCGGGUGCUGACAGGUUCCACGAGUGGAGAGUUCACGCUCUGGAAUGGCCUGACGUUCAACUUCGAGACCAUCCUACAAGCGCAUGACAGCGCAGUGCGGGCCAUGGAGUUCACGCACUCCGGUGCCUACCUGGCGUCGGCGGACCAGAGCGGCAUCAUCAAGUACUUUCAGCCGAACAUGAACAACUUGACCGCGUGGACGGGGCACCGCGAAGCGAUCCGUGGGCUGACUUUCAGCCCCGACGACAGUCGAUUCGCGACGGCGAGCGACGAUUCGACGGUCAGAAUCUGGUCGUUCGAGGAAAGCCGCGAAGAGCGCGUCUUGACAGGGCACGGUUGGGAUGUCAAAUGCGUCGAAUGGCAUCAAUCAAAGGGGCUCCUCGUCUCUGGAAGCAAGGACAACAUGAUCAAAUUCUGGGAUCCCAGGACAGGGACUUGUCUGUCGACGCUACACUACCACAAAAACACAGUCCAAGCCCUUUCGUGGUCUCCGAACGGGAACAUGGUCGCAAGCGCGUCCAGAGACCAGACCGUGCGCGUGUUUGACAUCCGGGCGAUGAAGGAAUUCCGGGUGCUGAAGGGGCACAAAAAGGAAGUCUGCUCUGUCGCCUGGCACCCCGUGCACCCAAUCCUGGUCACCGGUGGAUCGGAGGGCGCGAUCUUGCACUGGGACCUCUCCUCCUCCACCGACACGCUCGCGCAGUCCCCGUCGCAGCCGCCCGGCGCCCGUGCGACGCUCUCGCAGGCACACGACUCCAACGUCUGGUCGCUCGCCUUCCACCCGCUCGGGCACCUCAUGGUCAGCGCGUCCAACGACCACACGACGCGCUUCUGGUGCCGCGAGCGCCCCGGCGACGCGACGUCCGUCUUCUCCGGCGGCGGGCAGAAGCCCCCCGAGGUCACGGACACCGCCGGGCAGGACGACGAGGACGAGAGCAUGGUCCCCGGCUUCGGCUUCACGGGCGCGGGCGGCGGCCAGUGGUGGGGCAAGGAGGAGGACGGGGACACCUCGAUGCAGCAGCACCCGGGCUUGCCGGACGCGUACCCCCGGCGGGGCGGCCAGGUCCAGGAUGGCGGCGACGACUACAUCCCAGGGUUCGGCGCGUCGGAUGGGCCGGGGACGGUCACGGGCCGUCAGAACGGACCACUCCCCGCUCAGGAGGAGCUGUAUCCUGGACCAGGAGAUGGGGAUGAUUCAUUCAAACGAGGCGGCCGCAAUCGCUGGGGGCCUAGACGCGGGCGUCACUGA